AUGUUUUCCACAGGCGAAGCCCAAGAAACAGCAAAGAAUGACCUCAUAGGGUACUUGAAGGUGUUGGAAGGAGAACUUGGAGACAGGCCUUACUUUUGGGGAGAGACCUUUGGCAUUGUGGAUGUGGCAUUGGUUCCAUCUUACAGCUUUUUCUUUGCUUAUGAGCAGUGUGGCAACUUCAACAUUGUGGCAGAGUGCCCUGCACUUGUUGCUUGGGAUCAAAUUGCUGUAAUGAAGAGACACAAUUUGUGCAUUGCUCUCACAAAUGGAAUGUCAAGGCCCGUUGAUAUUCUAGGUUUUCUUCCUCAAUCAAUGUGGAAAAUUCCAUCUUUGGAUUCUUUGUACGUUCUUGAGUAA